AUCUGUCAUCUGUGUCGGCUUCGGCUUGGUUGAAAACGAGUAAAAAAAAACAGCGUGGUUUUUAAUAGAAAAAAAAUUUUUUUCUCUUUCUUUCCGCUUGUGCAAAAAAUAAAACUGAACGUGCAUUUUCUCAACUCAAUUUUUUUUCCAAAUAAAAUAUAUAUAUCAGAAAAAAGAUGAGUUCUCCAGCAGAUAAAAAGCACUUCAAAAAACCAUUCCAAAAAUUCCGUAAUAAUAAUGGUCAAAAACAUUAUGGUGGUAAUAAAUUCAAGCAAGCCGGUCAUAAAAACAAACGCUUUUUCCAAAAUGCCAAAGGUUUUGGCAAAAAAGGUAGUUAUGGCCGUGGCACUCACAUCGAGGAGGAAGAUUUUACAUAUUUCAUGGGAAUUCUGGAGACACAACGAAAUAGUAAAUUUCAAUCUGCUGAUGAAAAAGUCGCCAUGGCAAACAACGUCUUGGAACAAACUAAAGAAAAAGAAAUCCACUUAGCCUCGAACCAAGUUGUCAGUCGAGUUCUUGAAAAUUGUUUGGGUUUCUGUGAUCCCGAACAUUUGGAAGGAUUAUUUGAUAUAUUUGGCGAAGGUGUCCGUCCCAUUUGCUCUGACCAACAUGCUUCGCAUGUUCUUGAAAAGUUAUUGGAAACUGCUGCGAUACGUGCCCUCGGAGAGGCUGCCAUUUCUUCCAAAAAAGAUGAAGACGCUUCGAAUCCACCCAAAAAAGGUAAAUUCGAAGUUGUCCAUGAUUAUAAGUACAAUAUGACUCAUGAAUUCGAUGAAGCACAUCGCGAAAAAUGCUCUGCAUUCUUCUUGCGAAUUAGCAAGUUUUUACUCAACAAUUUGGAAGAAUUUGUUGAACAAACAUACGCAAAUCAUCUUCUCAGAUCGGCAAUUCUUGGUUUGUCUGGUCUCUUUAUUCCCAAAUCAAUCUAUUAUAAAGGUAAAAUGGUCACCAACCUGGAAAGGUUAACUGGGACCAAGCAAGGUCAUCGUCAGGGUGAACUUUUACUGAUGAAGACUAUAUUCCAAGUACCUGCUGAAUGGAAAGAAGUCUUGAUGGAAUUCCCAGAAAGAUUACAAAUGUGGCCACAGUACAAGGAUCUCCCUUACAAGUAUAUUACAUCUGGUUUGCUUCAGGUGAUUUGUCUUGCUUUGGACACAGUUGAUAAGAAAGCUCUUGAAGAUUUUGGAAAGAAGCUAAUUACCGAUUGCUUCAUUAAUGUAGUAAUCCCCAAAAAAAGCAAUGAUAGAUUCAAUAAACCCAAAAACGACAAUGGUGCUGAUGUUAAAGAGGAAGAAAAUGGUAAUGGAAAUGAUGAGGAAGCCAAAAUGGAAGCUGACGAUGAGGAACAGUCGGAAGAACAGGCUGAACCAAAAGAAGAUGAAGAACAAAAUGCAGAAUCGGCUGAAGCUGAUGCAGAAGAAGAGAACGACAAUGAUGACAAACCAUCGGUAUUUAAGUCCGAUAGUUCUAUUUAUGUAUUACAAACUUUGAUAACAGUUGCUUCUCCAAGUCUCAUGACACAAAUAAGUGAUCUCUUUAAAGAUCGUCUUUUAACAUUAGCCAAUGGAAAGAUGAGUUCCUAUGCAGUUGAGAGAUUGAUAAAUUAUGUUGCAGACAAAUCACUGUUUGAAAAGAUUUUCGAAGAAUUAGCUCCUCAUUUUGAGAAGUUCUAUCAGACAGAGAAAUCUAGUUUGGUUUCAGCAAUGUCAGCUACUUGUCUUCGAUUGAAGGACAAACAAGCAGCUUUUAUUACAACUUUACAAAAUUCCCUACGCUGCAAUGCACAAUUAGGAGCUGAACGUCCAAAAUCAUUCUUUGUUUGUCUAACCAAAUUGAAGCCAUUUGAAGUUUUACCAUAUGAUCAAAGAAAAUACAUUUCAAUUUAUGGAUCAUUGAUCAUACAAGAUAUAUUACAAUUUAAUAAACCAAUUUUAUUGGUCAAUUCGAUAUUAGAAACACCCGUAAAAGAUUUAAACCAAAUAAUGCAAUUACCAAAUGGUGGUUAUAUUGCUGAUAAAUUUCUUAUGAGUACAACAAUUGGUGAGAAGUCACGUGAGAAAUUAAUUAAACUUUUCGAGGGAUUCUAUAUGGAUUUGGCAAUAUCACCAGCUGGAUCGAGAGUAUUGGAGAAAUUUGUUAAAGCAGCAAAUGAUGGACAGAAAGUUGCAAUUGCUACUGAAUUGACAGCUAGAGAUAAUAAAUUGAAGGGAAAUGCUUUUGGGAGGAUUGUUUAUAAUUCAUUGAGAUUAGAGACUUUUAAAUUGAGUCAGGAUCAGUGGAAGGCAUCGUGGAAGGAGGGAGCAGUCGUUGAAGCAGAGGAAGUUGUUAAAGAAGAAACAGUAGUUGCUCCAAAGGAAGAACCAGCUGCUGCUGCAGCUGCUGCAGAGGAGAUGGAUACCACCGAGACUACUACAAAACCAUCGCCAGCAUCGGCUAAAAAGAACAACAAGAAAAAUAAUAAGAAAAGGCCUGCAUCUUAAAUUACAAAAGGUUUUUUUUUUAAAUAAUAUAUAUUUUUUUUUGUAUUAAUUGAAAAAAGGACUUAUUUUAUUAAUUAAUUAUUAAUAACAACAAUUAUAUACCUAAUUAUAUCUUUUUAUGUGUAAACAAA